CUCCCGAACACAUUCAGUGGCCCGGGAGUUGGCGGGAGUUUGGUCGCUCGCCGACAGUUUCGCGGCAUGUUCGAUUUUUGCUAAAAAAAAUUGAUGCAACGUUUUAUUUAAAGAUACUUGAGACCAACUUGUAAUAUAUCGGGCUGAGUAUGGCUAAGAAAGCCUCAAGACUUGUGCCAGACUCUUUCCUUCUGCUGUCAGGACUCGAUGAAGAUAUCUGAAGAGCAACCGUGUAUUGAGGCCAAGAAUUCAUUUCACCACUAGUACAUUGCUAUAUUUUGCUACCCCUUUUUGGUUAACUUAAAAGUUGUAUUUGCAGGAGUGUGAGAACAGGAACAUUUUGUCCUUCAUUUGCAUAAUUGCAUGUUUCCCCCUCCUUAUUCUCCCCCAUAGCAUUGUUACACAGUAUUCUUUUAUCCAAAGUGAUUUUCUUCUGCACUCUUUCCCCAAACCCUUGGAGAAAUUUCACCCUCUUCUCCCUCCACCCUGGCUUUAAGUUGUUCCAGGUUGCGUCUGCCCUCUGUGCUGCUCUGAAGAGUGCACUGUGUGGACUCGAGCACAAUGAACAGUGAACUAUUAGCAACGUGCAGUGCCUUGGGAUACUUGGAAGGAGAUAAUUACCACAAAGAGCCUGAUUGUUUAGAAAGCAUCAAGGACCUUAUCAGGUAUCUAAGGCACGAGGAUGAGACGAGAGACAUUCGGCAGCAGUUGGGAGCUACACAGAUUCUGCAGAAUGAUUUGCUGCCCAUUAUCGCACAGUACCCUCAAGAGAAGAUGCUUUAUGAAGCAGUUAUCAGAUUGUUGGUAAAUCUAACACAGCCAGCACUUCUGUGUUUUGGGAAAGUUCCUACGAACCCUACCUUCAGACAUCACUUUCUGCAAGUGGUUUCAUAUCUGCAGGCAUACAAAGAGGCUUUUGCAAAUGAAAAGGUGUUUGGAAUUCUCAGUGAAAAACUCUAUGAUCUCUUGCAACUAGACUGGGAACAGAGGCAGGAGGAGGAUAACCUACUGAUUGAAAGGAUCUUGUUACUGGUUCGAAAUGUACUACAUGUGCCCCCUGAACCUGAGGAAGAGAAGAAUGUUGAUGAUGAUGCCACUGUGCACGAUAAGGUGUUAUGGGCCAUGCAUAUGAGUGGGAUGGAUGAUCUAAUUAAGUUCCUGGCUGCUUCCCAAGAAGAGCAACAGUGGGCCAUGCACAUACUGGAGAUAAUCUCCCUCAUGUUCAGAAAUCAGAACCCUGAACAACUUGCCACUACAGGGCAAGCAAAAACUGAACAGGAGAAAGAGAACGAGUCUAGAGAGCUUGAAAUCUUAAAGCAGAGAGAGCUGGCUGCAAAGAAGAAAAGAACUUUUGAAAGGGGGACCAGGCAUUCCCGUUUUGGGGGGACAUACCUCAUACGAGGCUUAAAGUCGAUUGCAAAUAGGGAUGUUGUUAGUCACAUGGUAGUCCACAAGUUUAAAAAUUACAGUCACGACUGUGGCAAGAAGGCCAGCAAAGUUCCAAAAAGGAAGCAAGCUGCAGUAGAGGUGGAGAGCAAGCGGCGCUCUGCUCUGAAUGUGCGGUUGUUCCUGAAGGAAUUUUGUGUUGAUUUCUUGGAGAACUGUUAUAACAGACUGAUGUAUGUGGUAAAGGACAACCUCAUACGUGAGAAAGCACAGGAGCACGAUGAGACCUACUACUUGUGGGCCCUGCCCUUCUUCAUGAGGUUCAACAGGGUGUACAGGUUCCGCCCUGAGCUGGUAUCCGAGACUGUCAGCAUUCGAGUGUUUCACUUUGUGGAGCGUAAUAUCACCAACUACUACGAGAUGAUGCUGACCGACAAGGCAGCAGCCAGUUCUUGGUCCAGACGAAUGCAUCUGGCCCUGAAGGCUUACCAAGAGCUGCUCAGCACCAUUAAUGAAAUGGACCACUCCAAGGAUGGUAAUCUGCGAGAGAGUGCCAGAGUUAUCAAAUGUAAUAUCUUCUAUGUCAUGGAGUUCCGGGAGUUGUUCUUGACACUAUUCCGGAAGUUUGAUGCAACCAAGCAGCCCAAGUCAUUUUUGAAAGACCUUGUUGAAACCACCCAUCUUUUCAUCCGGAUGAUUGAGAAAUUCUGUAAAGGCAAAAAUAAUCUUUUUGUGCAGAGAAAGAACGUGAAAAAGAAGAAGCCUAAACCAAAGCAGCUUGUACCUGCUUCAUCAGAAAAAUCCCAAGAAGAACUUGAGGAAAUCUGGAAAACAACAUCGGAGCAGCUUGGCAAAUGUGCAGAGGGUCAAGAGGUUCUCCCGGAGGAUCUGGUCCCAUUUGAUGCUGCUUCAGAAACCCCUGUGGAGGAGCAGAGGGCUGAAGCUAUGAUUCGUAUACAGGAUGCAAUGCUGGCCGGCAAAGCCACAGAGGCCCUUGUGCUUCUCCGAGCCGCGCGGGAAGUGUGGCCUGAAGGCGAUGUUUUUGGCUCUUCCGACUUGCUGCUUGAGGAAGAAUCGGAAUUGCUCAGACAAAUACUGUUUGCGAAUUUACCAAGGCUACCAGCUGUUGAAGUCGAAGAAAGUGAAGAAUUUCGAGAUGAAGAAAUAGAAGAAGAAGAAACUGAAUCCGUGAGAGUGACAGAAAGUGAAUUUAAUUUUUUAGAUUAUCUCAAGAGGUUUGCUAAUGUUGGUGUCGUGAAGCCCUAUGUCCUCCUGCUAAAGGACUACCAGCAGAACAGUGCUCAUACCAACCACUGCAUUGUAAAGAUGCUCUAUCGGAUAGCAUACGAUUUGAAAAUGGACGCCCUUCUUUAUCAGCUUUCAGUGUUUCACUUAUUCAGCUGCAUUCUGGAAGACCCAGCAGCUAGUGCAUACCAAGAGCUGGUGAAGUUCUCCAAAUAUGUCUUGAACCGAUUCUUUACUUUAGCUGCUAACAACAGCAAGGCUUUUGUGGAGUUGCUUUUCUGGAAAAAUAUUGCAACCAUUCGAGAGAUGACGGAGGGUUACAGGAGAGAUGAGGAAAGUGGGACAAAUAAAAGGACUCCAACGUGGACAUCAGAAGAAGAGCAGGAGCUUGAAACGCUGUAUCUAAGGUUCAAAGAGGAAGAUGGAGAUAAAGAUGUAAUUGACAACAUCAUGGAACACAUUAAAAAUGAGACAAGGACCAGAAAGCAGAUUGCUGCUAAACUUGUCCAGUUGAACCUGGUGGAUAGUAUAAAAGACGUCAAACGUGUCAAGAAGGGAACAAAUAUCGUGCUUUGGAGGGAGGAGCAGGAAAUGGAGCUUGAGACAUUGUUUGUGGAGUUCAGAGGAUCAGAUGACGUCCUUGAUAAUAUCAUGAAAAACAUAACCCACAAGCGAUCCAGAGCCAGAAUUAUUGACAAGUUGAUCAGUAUGGGCCUCGUUUCUGAUAGAAAGGAACUCUACAAGAAGAGGAGGAAGCUCACAAAAGCAGAAAGUCAGGGAGAAGAAGAUUCCCUAAAUGAUGUGGGAUAUGAUCCCAGUCGGGGGUUGUCUGAGGAGGAGGAGGAGGAACUGGACGAAGAUGACAGCAGUGAAGAUGAGAGGGGAGAGCAGAACAUCAAAUCCAGACCAAGAUGUGCUACAAAAGGAGAUGGACAGAAGACUGGCGGGAGGGAGCCUGACCCAGCAAUUCCAGCCCUGUGCUGCAAACUUAAACAGCAAGGUCUGACGGGUCCUCUUUUGUGGCUGCAAAAUUGCCUCAACAGAACAGCAGACAAACGAGAAGAUGAUGGGACCUUGAUUGCUGUGCCACUUGUCCCCUUGUCUGAAGAAAAUGAAGAUGCUAUGGAGCAUGAAGUGUUCCAGGAACUUCUGAAGAAAGUUGGAAUCCGACCUCCUGCUGAUGAACAGGAGUCAUUUUGGAGGAUUUCUGCGAACCUGAGUGCCCUGCAAUUGCGUAAGAUUGCUUCAGUUAUCGCCCUGCAGGACGGUGGUGGUGAAGGAGGAACGGCUGAGGAAGGGCAUGGAAAUGUUAGUGCCGAUCGUAAGUCUGAGGCCUUGCGAGCUCUUGUGAUGGCCAGGGAGAGGCGUGCUGCUUCUGCUAAAGGCAGUGAUGAUAAACCUGAAGGGAGAACCAAAGGUGCCUUCGAGUCUGCCUCUGGAUCAGACAGUGACACCAAAAGUGACAGUGAGAAGACCAAAGCCAAACAUUUGCUAAAGCGAAGUCGCGUGUUUGACAGUGACGAUGAAAUGGAUGACAGAGGACUUUCAAUUGAAGACACCACUGAAGUGGAGGCGAUGGAAGACUCUGAGCCUAGCUCUGAGGUGUCUGACUCCGAACUUACCCACAGAGUGGUCAAAAGGUGCCGGCAAGCAAUCGAAGAUGAUGACGACGAUGAUGAUAUUAAUUAACCUUGAUGAACUUCAGUCUUUUGAAAUGAUUUUGAACACUGGAAUUAACUGAGGAGUCGCUGCCAUCAACAGAAACCAGUGUUCUUUAUGUAAGUUUUGUAAGCAAUUUCAUUCAAAGAAUGAAGUGUUACAGUGAUACAUUUUAUCUAUCUUGUUUGCAGUCACAUAAUCCUUAGUAAAUAUUGUUGUUUAAGGCUAAUAAAAGAAACUUAAGU